AUGGGGGCGCUGAUCUUUUUUCUUCAGUCCUUUAGCCCAGCCUUAGUUUUUGAGGUUGUGGUUUUUCUGUUGCUCUUUUAUUUUUAUUUUUUCAUUUUCUGUUCUAAUAAACACGGACAGGAACCGCCAGGACCAAAGCCCCUUCCUCUGAUCGGCAACCUGCUCCAGCUGGAUCUGAAACAUCUCGACAAAACAUUUGUGGAGUUGUCCAAAAGAUACGGGUCUGUAUUCACGGUCUACAUGGGACCAAGUAAAGUGGUGGUCCUGGCAGGCUACCAGACUGUGAAAGAGGCUUUCGUUAACUACGCUGAGGAGUUUGGAGACAGGGAAGUGCCUCCGGUCGUGAAGGACGCUAACCUGGAUCAUGGGAUUGCAUGGGCAAACGGAGACUCGUGGAAAGAAAUGCGCCGCUUCGCUUUGGCAAACCUGAAAGACUUUGGGAUGGGGAAGAAAGCGUGCGAAGACAAAAUCAUCGAGGAAUGUCAGAACCUCAUUCAGGAGUUUAAAAAGUUCAAAGGUGAACCCUUUGAGAUGACCCAACUCAUGAACUAUACAAUUUCUAACAUAAUCUGUUCCAUGGUGUUUGGAAACCGAUUUGACUAUGAUGAUCCAGAAUUUCAGAUGAUUGUAAACGAAACGAUCAAAGGCUUUGUUCUUUUUGAAUCGCCUGCAGUAAAGUUGUACAACUUCUUCCCAAGAAUUGGUAAAUUGUUGAUCUCAGCCAGGAAACAAACAGUAAAAAUCUUUGAAGCCACCAACAAGCAGCAUUUAAAGCUGAUAAACUGCUUAAGAGAAACCCUCAACCCGCAGAUGUGCAGAGGAGUUGCAGAUGCCUUCAUGGUCCGUCAGCAAAAGGUAAAUCUUAAAGAGUCUGGACUCCCCAACAGUCUCUACCAUGAUGCAAACCUGUUGAUAACCGUCAUGAACCUGUUCACUGGUGGAACUGAAACAUCAUCGUCCACAUUAAGAUGGGCUCUUCUGUUCAUGAUCAAGCAUCCCAAAAUACAAGACAAGGUUCAAGAGGAGCUAAACCGAGUGAUAGGAAGUCGUCAGGCGCAGCUCCGGGACAGGAAGAACCUGCCUUUCACAAACGCCGUCAUCCAUGAGACACAACGGCUAGCCAACAUCGUUCCUUUGGCUCUCUCUCAUAAAACCUCCCAAGACGUCACCUUCCAGGGACAUUUUAUUGAAAAGGGAACAACAGUAAUCCCUCUCCUAACAUCUGUCCUGCAUGAUGAGCAUGAAUGGGAGAAGCCAGAGAGCUUUCAUCCUGCCCACUUCCUGGACAAAGAUGGAAACUUCCUAAAGCGUGAUGCCUUCAUGGUUUUCUCUGCAGGUCGCAGGAUGUGUCCUGGAGAAAGUCUGGCCAAGGCGGAGCUCUUCAUAUUCUUUGCCACGCUCCUGCAGCACUUCCGUUUCACUCCUCCACCUGGAGUUUCAGAGGAGGACCUGGACCAGACUCCUACAGGGGGCUUAAUUCUCAACCCUCCUCCUCAAAAAGUGUGUGCUGUCAGCCAGAUGUAACGAGAAGGCCUGAUGUGGUCAAAGGUUACUGACGCUUCA